GCUCAGCCCCGUGUCCGCGAGCGCCUCAGACAGCGCGGGGCGCGAGGGGCAGCGCGCGCGGCUCCGCGUCUCUCUGAGAGCUGAGCGCUGCAGGUUUUACCUCACACAGAUUUCCCGCGCAAAUGGACUCUACCGUGCAGCAGCGCGCGCUGGCUGUGCUCCUGCUCCUGAGUGCGUGCCUACAUACGGUGUGUGGAAGACACCCAAUGUGCAGUUUUUACCAGGAGCUGCAGAGAGCAAAGGAGGAGUGUCUGACACGACUUCAACAGCAGGAGCACAACAACUCCAGCGGUCCUGGUUGUAAGGGCGUAUGGGAUCGUAUCUCCUGCUGGGAUGGAGCUGAGGUUGGGCAAAUCGUCACCAUCCCUUGUCCGCCUGUGCUGAAAACACGCUUCGAUAGCAAUGGGAAUAUCAGUAAGAACUGCACAGCUGACGGUUGGUCUGAAGUUUAUCCCAACAUCACCAGUGUGUGUGGCACUGAGACACAGCAGGACAAGUUGGUGUUUUACACGGUGGUGAAGACUCUGUACACACUUGGUCACAGUUUGUCUCUCAUCGCAUUAACGACAGGCAGUGCCAUCCUCUGCAUCUUCAGGAGGUUGCACUGCACGCGGAACUACAUCCAUCUGAACCUGUUUCUCUCAUUCAUACUGAGAGCUGUGGUCGUACUGGUGAAGGAUAGUGUUCUGUUCUCCCACAGCACUGACUGCAGUGAUCAGCCCUCACUGGUUGGCUGCAGAGCAACCCUGGUGUUCUUCCACUACUUUAUACUGGCUAAUGUCUUCUGGCUGCUGGUGGAGGGGCUUUACCUGCACACACUCCUGCUGGCCACGUUUGCUGAAAAAACACACCUGCUGUACUACAUGAUCAUCGGCUGGGGAGUUCCAGCACUUUUUGUGUUUGCAUGGAUACUGACAAGACAUCAGCUGGAAGAUACAGAUUGCUGGGAGCGUAAUGAUCAUCCAGUUCCCAUUUGGGUCAUCAAUGGACCAAUCGUGUUUUCCAUUAUGGUGAACUUUAUUCUGUUCAUCAGCAUUAUUCGAAUUCUGCUGCAGAAGCUACGCUGCCCUGAUGUUGGGGGUAACGACCACUCACAAUACAGGAGACUGGCUAAGUCCACUCUGCUGCUGAUUCCUCUGUUUGGAAUCCAUUAUGUGGUGUUUGUGUCUCUCAAUGAGUCUCUGGCCGACUACAAGAUCUUCUUUGAUCUGGCUCUGGGCUCUUUUCAGGGUUUGGUUGUGGCCAUCUUGUAUUGUUUUUUCAACAGGGAGGUGCGGUGUGAGCUGAGGAGAAAGUGGCAGAGCUUGUGUCUAAACUGCCCAACCGUCUGGAACUCCACUUCCCAGAAUGCAUGUGUGCUCCACAAACAAACCGGCACUGAAUCCCAGGGGCCAUCCAGGGUGGCAUCAGCUCUACAGACAGAAGCCACUCUGCUCUGAUGAAGACGAUGCUUCAGGCGUGUUUGAGUUUGUCUUACAUUAAUAAAUGUUGCAGUACUUUGUUUUGAGCAGUUCCCAUUAUGUACAGUUCUCUAAAAUCCUUGGAGUGUAUAUGUAUUUUUGACAGAAUACUGAGUACUAAAAUACUAGCAGAUCUCAAAAAAUUAGAAAAUCAUAGAAAAGUUACUUUAUUUCAGUAAUCCAGUUCAAAAUGUGAAACUCAUAUACUGUAUAAUAUAGAUGUAUCACACACAGAGUGAUCUAUUUUAAGUUUUUAUUUCUUUUAUUGUUGAUGAUUAUGGCUCACAGCCAAUAAAAACCCAAAAAUCAGUGUCUCAGAAAAAUAGAAUAUUUGGUACUUUUGGCAGUGUGGGCAGUGUACCAAGUCCUGCUGGAAAAUAAAAUCCACAUCUCCAUAAAAGUUGACAGCAGAGGGAAGCAUGAAGAGCUGUAAGGUUUUCUGGGAAAACAAAACUACACUGACUUGAUAAAACACAGUGGACCAACACCAGCAGAUCAGAUGUCUUUCCAAACCAUCACUGAUCAUCAGUAAAUUUUACAUUUCAUUUGUAAAUGAAGGGAUCAGAGUUUGGAGGAAGAGUGGAAAGAAACAGAGUCCAAGCUGCUUGAGGUCUAGAGUGAAAUUUUCACCAAUCAGUGAUGGUUUGGAGAGACAUGACAUCUGCUGUUGUUGAUCCACUGCUGUUUCCUCUGCUGACAACUUUUAUGGAGAUGCAGAUUUCAUUUUCCAGCAGGUCUUGGCACACUGCCCACACUGCCAAAAGUACCAAUUAAUCUUAUUUAAAAUUCUUAUUUCAUGAGACUGGAUUUUAAGCCAUAAUCAUCAACAAUAAAAUAAAUAAACGCUUAAAAUAGAUCACUCUGUGUUGAUUACAUCUAUAUAAUAUAUGAAUUUCAUUUUUUGAACUAAAUUUCUGAAAUAAAGUAAAUUUUCAAUACAGAAGCUCUGAAUCUGUUGCUGCACAGUUUGUGUUGGUCAUACUCCAGCUCUUCAUCACUGCUCAGUUCAGCAAUGACAUUAAGGUGUUUAAAACCACCAGCAGCUCAACACACACUAACACCUCAUACACCCCCACCAUACCAGUACAGACACUGCAGUGCUGCUUUGUGGGGGGUUUCUCUCCUGUGGGGUUCUGAUCAUUAUAGAACAGGGUGAAAGGAGGAUAAUAAUAAAGUAUAUAGAGAAACAGAUACAGAACUGCAGACUGUGAUUGUACUACAAACUACAAAGUGUCCUAUAUGGUCAGUGGAGCUGAAAAAAUAAAUAAUGGGCAUAGAAACAAUGAGGUGGUCAUAAUGUUAUGAUUGAUCUGUGUAUUUAAGGUUAUAUAAAAAGCUUUUUGUACUUUUAAGUUCUUGUUAUUGUAGCUGUCAGUCCUCUGGACAUUCGCAAGGUAACAGUUAAGUGGAAGUAGAGACUUCUGAUAGUCUAGUGAUUUAAAUUUGUAUUAUGUAAUUGUCCAGAUAUUGUGUAUUUUGAAUUGUAAACACUUAGAUGUUUAACAUGAGUGUACAACCAAAGCCAGCCUUUGUAAAUGUAUGACCCCAAUUCCAAAAAAGUUAGGAUAUUGUGUAAAAUGUAAAUGAAUGUAAAUAAAAAGAGAAUGCAAUGUUUUGCAAA